AUGAGGGAAUCUAAUGAAGAAAUUCGAUACAUUUUAAAAUUUUAUUACAAAAAAGGUAAAAAUGCAACGCAAGCCGCGAAAAAAAUUUGCGAUGUUUAUGGGCCUAGUGCAGUGUCUGUGAGAGUAGCACAAAUUUGGUUUAAGCGUUUUCAAUCCGGAAAUUUUGAUGUCAAAGAUGCACGUCGCUCUGGUCGCCCUAUUACGGAUAAAAUGGAUGCCAUUUUUGAAAAAGUGGAGCAAGAUCGGCAUAUCAGUAGUUACGACGUAGCUGAAGAACUGGGAAUUGACCACAAAACUGUUUUGACGCAUUUGAAAAAUACUGGGUACACAAAAAAGCUCGAUAUUUGGGUACCUCACGAGCUCACUGAAAGAAACCUAAUGAACCGUGUACUCAUUUGUGAAUCUUUAUUACGACGUAAUGAAACCGAACCAUUUUUGAAGAAGCUGAUUACUGGUGAUGAAAAGUGGAUCACGUACGACAAGAACGUGCGAAAAAGGUCGUGGUCAAAGGCCGGUCAGGCUUCACAGACUGUGGCAAAACCCGUGAUAACUCGCAACAAGGUGAUGCUGCGUGUGUGGUGGGAUUGGAAGGGCAUUAUUCAUUAUGAGCUGUUACCACCAGGCAGGACCAUCGAUUCUGAACUCUACUGCGAACAACUGAUGAGAUUAAAGCAAGAAGUUGCGAGAAAGCGGCCGGAAUUAAUCAACAGAAGGGGUGUGGUUUUUCAUCAUGAUAACGCUAGACCUCACACAUCUUUAGCCACUCGGCAAAAAUUAAGAGAGCUUGGGUGGGAGGUGUUAAUGCAUCCGCCGUAUAGUCCUGACCUUGCACCUUCAGAUUUCCACCUGUUUCGGUCUCUUCAGAAUUCUUUCGGCAGUGUCAGGUUAACAUCACGAGAGGACUGCCAAAACCAAUUGUCGCGGUAUUUUGAUCAGAAGCCCCAAAAUUUCUAUAGCAAUGGGAUCAUGUCCCUACCUACAAGAUGGCAAAAAGUUAUCGAACAAAACGGUACCUACAUACUUUAG